AAUGGCCUCUCGAGGGCCAGAAAGGCCGGAAUGGCUCCGUUCGACGCCGUCGUGCGUGGCCCCAAGGCGCCCGCGCCGCUCGCGCGGCUGCAUGGCCUGCCGUACUUUGUGAUCGCACAGAUCAUCUUCGCCACCAACGUAUUUGUGCUCAUCAACUGGUACGGCGCGAUCGGCGCGCUCGCCGGCCUCGGUCUCGGCGUCUUGGGCUCGGUCCUCGACGCGCUCGUCUCCAACAGCUUUGGCCGCAACGUGCUCGUGCUGCGCUACAAUGGCUUCUCCGACUGGUCCGUGCUUUGUGCGAUGGCUCUCGCGCUUCUCGGCGGGCAGCUCAUGAACGUCAUUGUGAUCGAGCACCUUGCCGGCCCUGCCGCCGUCGCCGACCUCUUGGCCGCGUCGUCGUACACGCCAUGGACGCUCGUUGGCGUGCUCGUCAACAUUGGCAUGAGCGAAGUGCUCUUCUACAAAGGCCAUCAGUUUCUCCACGAGAUGUGCCCAGAGCUGCACUUGAUGCACCACUGCUGCCUCCGACCGACGGGGUCGAGCAACCUCAUUUCCGACCCACGCGACUUGGCGAUUGAGCUCGGCGGCCCCGGCGCCAUCUUGAUCAUGAACCACUUUCUUCUCUGGGACGAAGACGCGACGGUCCUCCUCCUCUCGUACCUCUUUGUGACGUGGUACUACACCAUCACGCACCACGAGUGGCUCGCCACGUAUCACAUCAAGCACCACACGCGCCUGGACGCUGUCUACACGGUCUACAUCAACCAGCGCGGCGACGCCCGACUCGACAAGAUCAAGAAUCUUCUCAAGCGGCCCCCCAAGCACGUGCUACAGUAGCUCCAUACCGGUCGCCGCCAAGGGCCGUCCUACCCUCAUGCAGCAGUACUAUGUCACUAGGGUUAACCUCGUGUUUUCUUGGGGCA